CAUUCACCCAGGACAAGAAAAACUGCAUUGUACCCCUGCGGACAAUGGCCCGACCCAGCUCUCGAUUCACCAAGUACCAGACCAACAGGUACAGCAAGUACCAGAGUUCUCCCGCCCCAGACAAGAACUCUUAACCCACCAGAUCGGCACAUGGUGCUUGCAAUCGAAGCCUCAUAGAAACCUAGACACUGACAACAAAUUACUUACUCAACACAUAUACAACAAUUUUGAGCGUGGGACUCUGCUUCAACACAGAACCCACAGAAAACCACAAGAUGGCCUCUCAUCUAGCGCCAGAUGGCCUCCGAGAACGAAAUAUACAAUUCCAACAAGACAAAGUUGACUCUAGUGCCAGCAGCAGCGUAUCCGCCUCUCCCGCCGACAUCGAGGUCGAGAAGCCCAAGAAGACCUUUGGCAGAACUCCAAAUGGAACCAGUGAGUCCGGAUCAUCUACCAGCAGCAUUUCUUCUACCUCCGUGGAAUAAAGUAUUAACUAUGCCUAGUCUUCACCGUUCCCCAAACCCAUGACAUGGUCUCGCAGUUACUCGACCCUCGACAACCCAAGAAUCUUUCAGACGUCGUUGUCCUCGGCGUACUCGCACUGCACAUUCUAGCCCUCUAUCUGCUUCCGUCGCCCCUCAAACGACCGGUCUUCGCUGGUAUCUUCCUAUUCUGGAGAGGCUGUUAUAACGUAGGCAUCGGCUGGCUUCUCCACAUACAAUCCAACCAUAAGCGCCUAAUUUCGUGGGCCAAGAAAUGGAGCUUCUUCGAGAACCCGGCUACAGGAAUGAAUCCACGUCCAUGGUUAUACAACCUUCUUAAACGGGAGCUGGAAACCAAAAUUCCCGAGGACUACAAGUUUGAGGAAGCACCGAUUGAGUAUAAUACAUGGUUGGUGUUUCGCAGAGUGGUGGAUCUCAUUUUGAUGUGUGACUUUGUGUCAUACUGUCUCUUUGCUACAGCUUGUGGGGGACGACCAAUUGGUGAGGGUUGGGGUUUAUCUAUAGCUCGAUGGGUGACGGGUAUUAUUCUAGUGGUCUUCAACCUGUGGGUCAAGCUGGAUGCCCAUCGUGUAGUCAAGGACUACGCGUGGUACUGGGGUGAUUUCUUCUAUCUCAUUGAUCAGGAACUAACCUUUGAUGGGGUAUUUGAAAUGGCCCCUCAUCCAAUGUACUCGGUGGGAUAUGCAGGCUACUACGGCAUUUCGUUGAUGGCAGCAAGUUAUAACGUCCUAUUCAUUUCGAUUAUUGCUCACGCAACCCAAUUCGCUUUCCUCGUAUAUGUCGAGAAUCCACACAUUGAAAAGACCUACAAUCCUCCGCCACCUCGCAAACGAGAAGACAAACCAAGCCAACGCGACAUUGACCGUGCAAAUGCCUCAGCGGCUCGUAGAGAGGGUAUCGAAUACUAUGAGCUCCCGAAAUUUCCAUCUCCUGCUCCAGCAGUCCCAACGCAACCAAUUCAAACCCACAACUUAAUGGGUAUCACAAAUAUCGAUCUUUUUAGAAUUACCGACUUGUCGGUUAUUCUCCUCCAAGGAUACGUUCUCCUAGUCACGCUCUGGUCUCCAAAUACCCGUUUUUUCCAGACAAUGUUUGCCCUAAAUGCAUUUGCCUGGCGUAUAUGGCACACGGGUGGCCUAGGACUGAUUCUUCAUGCUCAAUCAAACAAAAAGAUGUGGACUAGACAUUUCGUCAAGUACGGCGAAAGUACCGAUGAAGCCUGGAGACAAUGGAAAGGCAUGUAUCAUUUAAGCAUGACCAUGUGUUACGCCAGUUUCAUUGCGGCCGCAUGGAAAAUGUAUGCCGUACCCCAAGAUUGGGGUUAUGGCCUUGCGCUUUUGAAACACAUUCUCGGAACGGGUCUUGUAGCUCUACAAUUGUGGACAUCCGUUAGUAUCUACGAAUCUCUCGGAGAAUUUGGCUGGUUCUUUGGGGAUUUCUUCUUUGACCAAGCCCCAAAGCUGACGUAUAGUGGUAUUUACCGUUACUUGAAUAACCCCGAACGUUUCAUCGGACUGGCUGGUGUCUGGGGUGCGGUUUUCAUUACUAGGAGCAAGGCUAUUUUCUUUCUGGCCUUGUUCAGUCACCUGCUUACGUUGGGCUUCAUCCAAUUCGUGGAAAAGCCCCACAUGCAAAAGCUCUACGGACGAGCCCUACGAGCAGAAGCUGGUCUGACAAAGAGUAUUCGACGAUCUCUACCCCCACCCCUCAAGAAAUGGCAGGGAAGCGUAGACAAAGUUCUCGGUGAGACGGGUAACUUCGUUGAAGAUUUCCUAGAAGCUGCAAGACCAAAGUUCGCAGCUGGUGUUUCUACUAUUGUUCGAGAUACUACUGCACUCUUUAGUCAAUAUCCCGCUCGUCUUACCUUGACCCGUCUAGCUCCAGAUUUAGCAGGUUUCGACCCAAGAGAUUAUUCCAUUGCCAUUGAAAGUACGACUUCUGUAACAGCACCACAUGGCGAUCCCUCCAGCGACAAAGAAAGAACUGACCAAUUCAAACCUCUCAUGUUCGAUUAUGGAGCUCCUAUCAAGGUAAAAUGGACCGCUCCUGUAAACCACAGCCCCAAAGACUGGGUAGGACUCUACAUGGUAGCCGACAAUGCCUCUCGAGAUGUCACUCGUCUCUCCUCGGCCGGUCGAUGGGUAGCCACCGUUCCAAAUGAAUACGAGUUCUCCCCCGCCGACAAAGGAAUCCUCGUCUCGAACCAAAUAAUUUCAGGAAAAGACCGAAGAGACGGCUCAACCCGUGACUAUGCACGAGGCGAAAUGGUCUUUGUAGGCGACAAACUCUUCUGGACCUCUGGAGUUUUCGAGUUCCGCUACCACCAUGAUGGAAAGCACAAUGUCAUGUCUAUCUCUUUGCCCUUCGAAAUCCGCAUCUCGCGUUUCGAUGAGGAUGAUAUUCCGCUCAGUCCUUCUCAGGAUGUGAAUUAUAUCAUUCGGACGGCGGUUGAGAAUGCCCUGUUGCCAGUAGUGAGGAACUGCUUUGAUCGCGAUCCCGACGUGGCGCCUAAUAGCGUGGACGAACCUUUUGGACCACUGGUGGAGAGGGAACCAAAGUAUGCUAGACGCGUAGUGUAUGUGGUUCUUCAGAUGUUUGGAGUGGAGUUUGCGCCGGGGGUGGUGCUUGCGGACGGGUGUGUGAGGAAGAUGGCGUGGAGAAUUUGUAAUGCUAAGGCGGUUUUGGUAAGUCCAAGUUCUCCUAAAAUUUCGUCUUUCCAGUCUCGGUCGAUAUCUUUGGGAUUCGAUGAGGUCAUGUGUAGAAAGGCAACGCUAAUGUUUGUCCAUAGGCCCCGUAUAGUAUGUCAAGAUCUAGAGGCACUACUACACCCCAAAAUGAGAAUACCUCGCCUACGACGGAUAAAUUCUAGAAGCUCCUGGCGGAGUCUUCUCUAUACCUCGGACUCAAUACACUUAGAACCAGUAACUUGGGGAAUUUGAAUGGAGAGACGAGAGCAUAGAUCGGACGGAGAAAAGGAGACUUGGGUUAUUGGGAAUUUGCCCGAGAUACCCAGUUUCUGGUGUGUGGUCAUUGGGAUCAGUUUUCUUCUUGUUUUUUAUUCUUCAAGUAUGAUACGUCUGCAUUGAGAGUAGGAGUGAUUGGAAUCAUUGUAUUUCCUUGUUCUCCAUUGAGCCCGUCGAACCCUGGGCCUUCGGGCGCUCAAGUAGUUUUUUAUUUCUUGUACUUUCUUUAUGCAUGAAUGUAUCAGUGUGGGAAAAAGGAGGGAGGAAAACAUAGGCAUGAAAGACUGAGGAAGAAGUGGUAUUCUUGCAUGGAAGGGUGAAGUAAAAAAGUAAAGCUGUAGCAUCUCUAUUAUUGUAUUCUUCUUCUUCUUCUUAUAAAAUAAGUCUUCUCUCG